AAGCUAUAGUUUCACGAUCCAGUCCCUGAUUCGCGAAUUUUUACCCGAGCCGAAAGGUCUGUGCUAGAACUGCAGCUAGAGAUAACCCACGCGGAAGUCGAGCAAUUACCGAUUCGUUUAACAGUUACUGAACUAAAGUAAAAAUGCCCCAGCUACAGAAGCCAGCUCCCGAAUUCUCCGGCACCGCCGUCGUCAACGGCGUGUUCAAGGACAUCAAGCUGAGCGACUACAAGGGCAAGUACCUGGUACUGUUCUUCUAUCCGCUGGACUUCACCUUUGUGUGCCCCACCGAGAUCAUUGCCUUCUCGGAGAGCGCCGCCGAGUUCCGCAAGAUCAACUGCGAGGUGAUUGGCUGCUCCACGGACAGCCAGUUCACCCAUCUGGCUUGGAUCAAUACGGCCAGGAAGCAGGGCGGUCUGGGCAGCAUGGACAUCCCGCUGCUGGCCGACAAGUCGAUGAAGGUGGCCCGCGACUACGGAGUGCUCGACGAGGAGACUGGCAUUCCCUUCCGCGGCCUGUUCAUCAUCGAUGACAAGCAGAACUUGCGCCAGAUCACUGUCAACGAUCUGCCCGUGGGUCGCAGUGUGGAGGAGACCCUGCGCCUCGUGCAGGCCUUCCAAUACACCGACAAGUACGGUGAGGUCUGCCCGGCCAACUGGAAGCCCGGCAAGAAGACCAUGGUGGCAGAUCCCACCAAGUCCAAGGAGUACUUCGAGACCACCUCCUAAGCAAAGAGAAGCUACCGCCAUCGGCGGGGGCUGCUCCUGGCGAGCAGGAGCGGAUUCGAAUCGCAACACCCCCGCCUGUGCAAAUACAUAUAAUAUAUACAUAUAUCCUACAUAUUAACCCUAGAGCGUAGUGAGAAGAAACUGUGAAGCACCUCUUUCCCUGCAACAACCAACUAUCCCACAAAAAACACCUGCAGCAGCUAAGCGGAAAGUGAUUGUUCUUUUGUGUGCUUUUUUUUUUUUUUGUAAUGAACCAUAAUUCACCACAAUAAAUGAUUGUACGGAAGAGAA